GGUCGCGGCGCGGCCAUGGCGACAGUGGCGGAGCUCAAAGCAGUUUUAAAGGACACACUGGAAAAAAGAGGAGCUCUUGCCCAAAUCAAAGCGAGGAUCAGGGCUGAGGUGUUCAAUGCCCUGGACGACCAGAGCGAGCCGCGGCCGGCGCUGUGCCGGGAGAACCUCCUGAUCAAUGAGCUCAUUCGGGAAUACCUGGAGUACAACAACUAUAAAUACACAGCAUCUGUUCUGACGGCAGAAUCCGGCCAGCCUGAAGUACCCUUGGAUAGACAAUUUCUUGCCAAGGAGCUGAAUAUAGUUGAAGAUGCAAGUGGAAAGUCAGUCAGACCUCUCCUGUAUGGAAUUCUCUCUCAUUUCUUACAUGGUGGUAAAGAAGAAAGUAUCCAGAACAUCCUUCCAAAAGUGUCUUUACUGAAUUAUCCAAAGCAGAACCUCGGCAAACCGCCUGCUGAGAGAAAUCAAAAAGACAGAAUUCCAGAACCAGGAAGGAUGGCUGGCAUGAGCAUCGAAGAGCCUCUUAUUUUACAAAGUAUAAAGAGAUGAUAUCUUUCAUUUUCUAAUUUCUCAUUUCAAGGUCUGUCAGAUUUAAUUUAGGACAUUCUUCAUUGCAUAAAUUUCUCCAAUAAAUCCAGUGGGACCAUUUUAGCUUGUAAUGUCUACUCAUGAGGCAGGAUGACAAGGUCAUACUUAUCAUCAAUUUAAAAAAUGUUAGCCAAGCUCUCUUUCCAUUUCUCUAUCCCCUGCUAGAAGGAAAGCUGUAUAGAGUCACACUAGUGAAUCACUAGUCACACUGUGUCUAGAAUUGCACCUGAAUUUACUGAGUUUAUCCAAUACAUUUUUAUAUAAUAACUUAUCA